AUGGAUGCGGAGAAGAUAGUUGACUUCUAUGAGUACAAAUACAAUCUUAUAUGCCUGGCCGACGGCUCCUCCUGGUGUUUGCUUGAGCAGGAUAAAUGGUUUGUUGAAUAUCUUCUGACAGUCACUUGGCCACAAUACACGGACAAGUGGUGUCCAGAUUGGAUAAAUGAUCCUCUUAAUGGGACCAACGCUGUAGAUGAAAACGGAACUGUGAUUCUUCCUUAUGACACUGUUCCGCCGCCUCAACCAACAUUCAAUUCCGGGAGGAAGGCUGCACUUGACUACUGA